UCCAUCAUAUGAGAAUAGUAAAUACAUUCUUGUAGUAUUUCAAAUAACAGAAAUUGAUAAUGAUCAGGAACAAGAACCAUUAAUUUCAACAUCCAUUACCUGGUACCUAUUGGAUUUACUAUUCCGCAUAUUAUUUUGAUGUGUAUUAUGACAUAGUACGUAAUUUUUUUAAUUAAUCAUGUUGGAAUAUGAGAAUCAAAUGUUUUUGGAAAUUCUCCAUGAAGAUGGAUUGGUUAUUACUGCCAAAGGCCUUGGUAUAGAAACUGUAUUUGUAAAUAUAUUAAGAGCUUAUAUAGAUCCAGGAAACUUAAUUAUAGUUUUAGGGGCUACAAGUCAUGAUGAACAGUACUUCAUUGAUUUUCUAAAAAAUUAUGGGCUUAAACAGUUACCUCGUGUUGUAACUUCUGAAUGUUCUUCUGACGAAAGGGAAGUAAUGUAUUUAGAAGGUGGUGUGUUAUUUAUGUCAGGUCCGAUUCUUGUAGUGGAUUUAUUAAAAAAGAGGGUUCCAUUAAAUUUAGUUACUGGAAUUCUUGUAUAUAGAGCACAUAAUAUCCUAAAUUCAUAUCAAGAAGCAUUUGCUCUUCGUUUAUAUAGACAGCAUAAUAAAACUGGUUUUAUUAAAGCCUUUACUAAUUCUGCAUUGGCAUUUACUGUUGGAUAUUCGCGAGUGGAACGAGUAAUGAAAGCUUUAUUUGUUAAAAAAUUAUAUUUAUGGCCGCGUUUUCACACGCUUGUAAAUAGUAGUUUAGAAAAACAUAAGCCUGAUGUCAUUGAACUACAUGUAAAAAUCACAUCAAAGAUGUUAAACAUUCAAACUUCUUUACUUGAUGUAAUGAAUUAUAUAAUUAAAGAGUUAAAAAGACUCAAUAAAUAUUUAGAUUUAGAUGAUUUAACUGUUGAAAAUGCGAUAGCUAAGAAGUUUCAUAAGCAAUUACAGUCACAAUUAGAUCCUAUUUGGCAUCAACUUAGUUAUACUUCAAAACAAUUGUUAUCUGAUUUGAAAACAUUACGUGCUCUUCUUGCAUGUUUAACAUAUGAGGAUUGUGUGUCAUUUUAUGUAAUGUUAAAUCGCUUACGUACUAUGGAAUAUGCUGUAAAAAAUAGUGGUUGGUUGAUGUUAGAUUCUGUAGAUAUUUUAUUUAAAAAUGCGAAGGACAGAGUUUACAAUGAAAAAAAUGAAUUAAAACCUGAAACUACUCCAAAAUGGACUGCUUUAAGGGAAGUAUUACUUGAAAUUCAGAAUGAUAGUAAAAAAAAAGAAAAUAACAAAAAUAUUGAAAAAGUUCUUAUUUUGGUACAUGAUCGAAAUAUUUGUUAUCAGUUAAGAAAUUAUUUAACUAUGGGAGCCAAUGAAUAUUUACUUUAUGAAGCAAUGAGAAAACUUUCUCAUAAGGAAAUACAAACAACGAGUGAAACAAAUGUAGAGGAACCGUCUACAUCGACGGAGAAAGCCGAGAAUGAUACAAAUGAAGAACAGGAUUCUUAUGUAUUAACACUAUCUCAAAAAGUUAAAGAAGGAAGUCAGUCUAAUUCAACAACUGAGGAAAUCAUGCAUGAGACUUUAUUCGAAGAAUGUUCACAAAUUGCAGAUUUGGAUUUAACUAACAUAAAUGCAGAUACACCUGUUAUUUUGAUACAGACUUUAAAAAAAGAUGGUGACCCAAUGGCAUUGCAGCGUGCCUUAACAGAACAUAUGCCAACUAACAUUAUUAUGUACAUAGCAGAUGUAUCUGCUAUACGACAAAUUGAAGUUUAUCAAAAUAACAAUUCAUCAAUAGAUUUAAAAGUAUAUUUUUUAAUCUAUGGAGGCUCUGUAGAAGAACAAGAAUAUCUCACGUCUUUAAGACGAGAAAAAGAAGCAUUUCAUACAUUGAUUAAUACUAAAACUAAAAUGGUUAUUCCUAGCGACCAAGAUGGAAAAACUGAAGAUUGUUUAAGUCUUGCAAUACAAUCAGAAGCAGAUGAAAUAAAUACGCGUAAAGGUGGUGUAUCAACGAAGCCUGAAAUUCCUAAUUCAGUCAUAGUUGAUAUGAGAGAAUUUAGAAGUGAACUGCCUGCAAUACUUUAUACACGAGGAAUGAAUAUUGAACCUGUAACCUUGCAGGUGGGAGAUUACAUUUUGUCACCAGACAUUUGCGUUGAAAGGAAAAGUAUUUCUGAUUUAAUUGGUUCUUUAAACAGUGGCAGAUUGUAUAAUCAGGCUGUUGCUAUGACAAGACAUUAUAAUAAACCAAUGCUUCUGAUCGAAUUUGAUCCAAAUAAACCAUUCUGUUUCCAAGGAUACUAUUAUGCUAGUAAAGAUGUUCAAAAUAUGUUUAUUACCUCAAAACUUCAACUUUUAACUUUACAUUUUCCUCGUUUAAAACUUGUGUGGUCACCUGGGCCCCAUGCAACAGCACAGUUAUUUGAAGAAUUAAAGCAAGGAAGAGACCAACCAAGUGCGACAGAAGCUGCACAAAUUGGACUUGAAGAAAAUAAAGAAAUACCAGUAGAAAAAUAUAAUCCUCGAAUUCAAGAUUUUGUUGCGAAAUUACCCGGAGUUACUACUAAAAAUUUACAUUUAAUAUUAAAUAAAGGACAGUCGUUAGAUAAUCUUAAUACACUUACAAAAGAAGAACUUACUGAAUUGCUUAAAAAUAGAAAUGAAGCUCAAAUGUUAUAUAAUGCAUUUCACGAAAAAUGUUCUCCAGCAGAAGAGAAAUUGAAUACAAAUGGUAAAAAAUUUAUAUCUAAAGGUCGAGGAAAAAGACUGUUCAGCAAAAUCAAGCAGUAA